CGGGCAGGGGCUCCCCCCCCAGGGGCAGAGCACCCGAGAGGCCCCCCACAGCCGCCCCCCAGGCACUUCCGCAGCCACUCUGGCCCGAGGGGGCGGCGGCGCGCCCACGGACCCGACGCAUCUCGCCCCCGCCGCCGCCCGCGGGGAGCCCUGCCGCGCGAGAGCCUUCGUGCGCGAUGCCGCUCCUGCCCGCGGGCGCCCUCGGCGGGGGCAGGAGCGUUGCCCCGAUGAACAGAACAGAACAGAGGCCCGUCGCUCGGCUGCGAGAGCCGGUCCCUUGGGGGCGCGGGGCGCCCUGGCGGGCCCGAGGGAACGCACCAUUGCAACAAUGUAUAGGAUAAUGACGGUGCCGCCUCGCCUCUUCUCGCAAGCGCAAUCCCACCAAUACUCGUGAUGAAGGGAACGCACCGUUGCCCCGAUGGACUCCACCGAUGACCAGCUGGUUCCUCUCCCCGCGCGCGCGCGGCCGCACCGGGAGCCGGGGCCCGUCGGGGGCCAGGCCGGCCGGCACGCCGAGAAGGGGCCGCCGGGGGGCGCCCACGGCGCGUCCUCGCCGCCCCAGCGCGGUGGCGUGGGCGCCGCGGGGGGCCACGGCGCGGCAUCGCUGGCCGCGGGGCCCGCGCUGGAGCGUGGCGUCGGGAAGCAGACCAGCCGGCACGCCGAGAAGGGGCCGCUGGGGGGCGCCCACGGCGCGUCGACCUCGCCGCCCCAGCGCGGGAGCGUGGGCGCGCCAGGGCGCCACGACGCGGCAUCGCCGGCCGCGGGGCCCGUGCUGGAGCGUGGCGUCGGGACGGUGCGCUUCGGCGGUGUGGAGCCAGUGCGCGAGAUCUCGCCCAGCUCCGGCGCCUCCGCGCAGGAUUCGCCACGACCGCCCCAGUCCCCACCAUCGCCAGGCGGGCACGUCGACUCGAGCAGCCCCUUCUUCGGAGGCUGCCUGCGGGCGGCGCUGGCCGGCGAUGGAUCCGGGCUGGCCCACCAGGGCUGCGCGGCCAGCCCGAGGGGUUAGUGUGCAUCUGAGCGUCCGCGCCGGAGGAGGAGGAGGAGGAG